AUGUCUACGGAACGUGCUACUUCAACUGUUAUUCAUAAAACAGUAGUUGAACGUGGUUAUCGAGCUGUUGAUAGUUCAGGUGGCCGUGGUGGUAUAGAAGCUGUACGUAAUUUAGCUAUUCAACAUGAAGAUGAAAAACGUGAAAUGCAAGAACUUAAUUCAAAAUUUGGUAGUUAUCUUGAGCGAGUCAAAUUUCUUGAAGCUCAAAAUCGUAAAUUACAAGCUCAACUUGAUGAUCUUAAACAAAAAUGGGGUUUUGAGUCUGGUAAAGUUAAAGAUCAAUAUGAUCAAUCAUUGAUUGCAUUAAGAAAACAAAUUGAUGAUGUUACACGUGAUAAAGCUUUAGCUGAAUUACGUGCUAAACGUGCUGAAUAUGAUGCAUCAUUAAUAAAACACCAAACUGAUUUUGCACAUGAAUUAGUUACUCUUGAUCGUAAUCGUUUUACUAUGCUUAAACAACAACUUGAAGGUAGUGGCUCAGAAUUAGAAUCAUUACGUAAUCGUUUUGAAGAUAAAAGACAAGAUAUUGAUCGUGGUAAAGGUGAAGUUCGUCGUCUUUUGGAUCAAUUAGAACAUUUAAAAAAUGAAUUUGAUCAAGAAUCUAUGGCACGUGUUAUGAUACAAAAUGAAUUACAAACAUUAGAAGAACAAUUAGCUUUUAUGAGAGCUGUUCACGAAGAAGAACGUAAUGAAAUAGCAUCACUUGGUACAAUAUCUAUUGAUGUUAGUCAAUUUUAUCGUAAUGAAUUAACACGUGCUAUUGCUGAUAUAAAGAGUGAUUUUGAAGCACUUUCACAAGCUCAACGACGAGAAUUAGAAGAAUAUUAUCGAAUUAAAACAGAAGAAAUUCGUCAGCAAGCAGUUGAGCACAAACGUAAAAUCGAGGAAGCACGUAGUUCAGGUUCUGUUGAUAUUAUGGAUUUAACAUCAUUGAAAAGUUUAUUAACUGAAAAUCGUGAAAGUUAUGCUGCAUUACAAAAGGAACAUACAACAUUAUCAGGUCUACUUCGACAAUUAGAAGAAGAUUUUGAACGAAUUUCAUUUGAACAUACUCGAGCACAAAGUGAACGUGAACGUGAAUUAGCUGAAUUACGUACUAAAGCUGAACAACGUCAAUGUGAAAUUGAUUCUAUACUUGAAAAUAAUGUUUCACUUAGAUUUGAAAUUAAUACAUAUAGACGUUUACUUGAAGUUGAAGAAAUUCGUAUUCAAGCUACUCCUGAAGUAUCAACUAAAAAAAUGACCGUACAAAAAUCGGCAAGAGGUCCUGUUACUAUUGAUCAGGUAGAUCCACAAGGUAACUUUAUUGUCAUCGAGAAUGCCGGUUCAACAGGCAAAGAUCAAGAAUUAAAAGGCUGGACAUUACGACGUAGAGUUGAUAACAAUAGCGAGAUUGUUUAUAGAUUUCCGGAUAAUUUUGUACUUAAAUCACGAACACGUGUACGUAUUUUAAGUCGUACAGCAAGUAAAAGUUCAAUAAGUGAAAGAGAAGUAUUAGUAGCUGAUGGCGUUCAAAAUUGGGGAACAGGUACAAAUAUGAUAACACGUCUUGCAGAUGCAAAUGGAGAUGAAAAAGCUGUAUUUAAUCAGAAAUUCCAAUAA